AUGUUGGUGACACUCGCCCUCUACCACCGCGACACGCUCUCGCGGGGCAACUCGCGGCGCAUCUUCCACUACGAAGCCUACCACUGGGGUCUGCUCUUCACCACGGGCGGCCCCAACGCGCCUCCGCUCUACGCCUUUGACGCGACCGACACGUCGGACAUUGACCCCGUCACGUUCCGCCUGCGCAACCCGGCCAUGGACUGGUGGCUGCGCGCCGAGGCCCGGCCGCCGCCCAACCCGAAGCUGCUCGGGCAGCUCGUCGUAGGGGCCGUACCGCCGCGCGAGGAAGAGAGAUGGGAGGAGGAGCUCAAGGCCCUGCUGGAGCAGGUCCUGCUGCCGGUCAAGAACACGCACCCGCAGCAGAGCUGCGUGACGUGGGCCGUGGCCGCGCUCGAGCGCUUGCAGGACCGUGGCUGGGUGCGGCCGUUUGACCUCGACCGCUUCAAGGACGCGGCGCUGGCGUACGCGGACGCGAGGAUCGGCGGGGAUGUGACGGCCCCGGCUGUGCAAGAGUACUGCGUGUAG